AUGUCCUCCAUCAAGAAAUCAGGCUCGCCCGUUGCGGUGGCCCCGGAGCCCUCAAUUGUGCCGCCAGAGAAGCCUCCAAUGUCUGCAUCGCCGCCGCGCAUUCUCAUCAUCGGUGCUGGAUCAAGAGGCCAAGCCUACGCCUGCGCCACCGAAACAUCCAGCAAUGGCGUCGUGGCUGCUGUCGCUGAGCCGAUCGCCUACAAGCGACAGUCAUUCGGCCGGACGUACAUCUGGGGCUCGGCUGCUCCCUCAGAAGGCCAGCAAUUCGCCGACUGGACCGAGUUCGUCGCUUACGAGACACGCCGUCGUGAAAGGGAAGCUGCUGGGGAGACUGUACCGCCCGGUGUCGAUGCCGUCUUCAUCUGCGUGCUCGACGAGAUGCACCGGAAUGUCGUCGUCGGACUGGCUCCGCUUGGACUGCACGUCAUGUGCGAGAAGCCGCUGGCGACAUCUUUGGCAGACUGCCUAGACAUGUACGAGGCCCUCAAGCCCCCUGCUGGUCAGGAACCCAAGAACGUCUUCUCCAUCGGCCACGUCCUUCGCUACAGCCCGCACAACAUGCUCCUUCGCAAGCUUCUUCUAGAAGAGCGUGUCAUUGGCGACAUCAUCAACAUUGUUCACACAGAACCAGUGGGGUGGUGGCACUUCACUCACUCCUAUGUCCGAGGCAACUGGCGGAAUGAGAAGACCACAGCUCCGAGUCUGCUUACCAAGAGUUGUCAUGAUAUCGACCUGCUUCUCUGGCUUCUGAGUUCACCCGUCAAAGCUGGCCAAGGCACACCGCAUCUACCGUCUACUGUAUCUUCGAACGGUUCUCUCCAGAUGUUCAGGAAGGUUCGGAAACCAGUCGCAGCAGGAAAUGCAACGAACUGUCUGUCUUGUCCACUGGGCGACCAAGGGUGCAAGUACUCGGCCAAGAAUAUCUACCUGGGCCCAGAUCUCAAAGGCUUGGGCUCGGGGAACACCGACUGGCCUGUCAGCAUAGUGCUCCCCGAGAUCGAGGACUUCGGCACAGCCUCCGAGGGAAGCAAGGUGUUGGCAUCGAAGCUCGCGGAGGACUACGACGAAUCGACCCCGAAGGAAGUUGUUUCAUCGCGGAAUUGGUUUGGCCGUUGCGUUUUCGAGGCGGACAACAACGUUUGUGACGAACAGACGGUGACCAUAAGCUGGGAUGAUGUCUCUACCGAAUCCGAAGAGCCUAAACUGUCAAAGUCCGCCACGCUGCACAUGGUUGCGCAUACGAAGAAAAUAUGUGAGAGAUACACACACAUUUACGGCGUUGAAGGUGAGAUCUACGCCGAUUCCCGUACCAUCACUAUCGAGAACUUCAACACCGGUACCACCCAAGCAUAUCAUCCCACCAUUGAAGACGCCGGCCACGGCGGUGGUGACAAGGGACUUGCACGACAGUUUAUUCUAGCUGUCGACCGAGUUAAGAACCACGGAUGGACGCCAGAGAGAGCUCAGAACGAAUACAUCGGUUGCUCCUUAGAGGAAGUAAUUCGCUCGCAUGCCAUGGUCUUUGCUGCAGAAGAAGCGCGGACGGGCAAGAAGGUGGUUGACUGGGCACCAUGGUGGUCAAGCAAGGUUGCAGCCACGGGCAGUGGAUGA